CUUGAACUGAUUUACGCGGUUACUGAGAUAAUUUAACUUGGAUUUUGGCCCAGACUGAUGUUUAUCAAAUAUGAAAAUGGAGUUGUAUGUGUUUCUGCUUUGGUUAGCUUUACCAAAAAGUUGCGUCUUUGUUGAAGGUCAGCGUUAUUACCCUUCGGAACAGGAAACACAAUGGGGACAAAGCAAUUGCACCUUGGCUCCCCUGUCUAUUAAUUACACUGAUCGUGGUAUCUUUGCUGAAACAAAACAUAAUGCAAAUUUGGCAUUGCCGAAAAAGGGUUUAUGGAUUGGUUUGUUCCAAGCUCAACUUAGCUUCGUAUAUGUCGGUUGCAACGAGAUCCAUACUAGCGAUGCUAUCCUCGUGCACAAUAUAAGUGAGUGCAGAUGGAAGAGUGGCUGCAAUACAUUUGCAGUAGGAAAAAAAGAAAAUGAGAAAUUACAAUGCACGUGUUUUGACCUUUCUGACGUUCCAAAGAAACUAAUUGUACUUCUAUAUGCAAUUCGGAAGAUGCUGAUUAUAAAUGCGGCCGAGAAGGACAAGAUUUUUUUUCUGUGUACACAGUUGAAAAUGUUACCCAAUGUUUCAAAAAUUGCGAUAAAGAGAGUAUGAAAUGCCUUAGAUUUAAACCCAACGCUAAAAGCGUGCUCUCUUGGUGGCAGUGUGUUCAGACGAACCCUAAAAGCAUAGUCUGCAGCGAUCGGCCAGCUUUAAACGAAACAGUUCAUGAUAUUGGGACAAAGGUUGGCAGUUCAGCAGUUGCAGGAGAGAAAUGUUUUGCCAACAACAUGUUCCCGGCAACUUUAAGACACAUUGAAUCUUCAAGUAUUUCAACAAACAAAGCAUACUGGACAGGCAUAAUCAGAAUGAACUCAAUGAUUCGAACAGACGACACUUUCCACACCGACAACCCAAAACUGUAUGCUUACGUCCAAUUAAAUGGUAGCCGGCUUGAGGUUAGGUUUGACGAAGGAAGCAGUGUUACACGAAAGAGCCUUUGUGAGACAACAAACUUUGUAACAACAACAGCAACUGCAACAGAAGGCCAUUCCACAUCAACAUCGAAAAAUCCAGAAGCAAAUGAGGAUACCAGGACAAAAUCAAAAGUUGAUCAACGAGUCCCGGUUGCGGAGAUUUCUGCUAGCGUUUCAGCGCUUGUGGUUGUCGGGAUAUUUAUCGUCAUUGUCGUUAUACUGAGAAAGAGGGAAUGGCUACGUUGUUUUGAUGAUAGUAAAACAACUAAGGCAAACAAAGAAUCUACAGUGGAGUACAUAAAUACAGAUUUCACUGAGUCACAAACACGUGACCGUCCAAAGGCUUAUCCAAAUCAAGGUUAUUCCAUGACGGAGGAAUUGCCCAUUUCAACUGAAAACAAAUCUUCAGGAAAAGCCCACAUGAUGUAUGACUAUGUGGGUGUUAACAAGGGGCCUGACGGUGGAAACAAUCCACAGGACGUUCAACCUAUUGCUACUGUGCACAGCAACGUCAACCAGGGACUAGAAGAAAAUGACCAUUUCAACAAAUUUGGUAUCCCAAGCCACGACAUUUCUCAUCCAAUAAACAACUAUGAUUCCACGAUCGCCGCAAUAGGUGAAAACCAGGACGACACAUAUAACCAUUUGAAUGAACGUCCUCAACAGAGACGGACUACGGAAAAUGUAUACGGAGUACAGAACAAAAACGAAACUACAGACAUCUACAAUCAACUGAAUGAUCGCCCUGAACGGAAACACAUGAUGGAAAACAUUUAUGGACUGCAAGACAAAAACGAAACCGAAAAUCAAUAUGACAUAACAGUUGAGAAACCAGGCACGUGCAAAAAUAUGUCGGAGAAUGCUAGUGGGGUUAACUAUGAUAAAGUUAAUAAAAACUGGUAAUUAUACAUUGUAUGCUCGUAUAUGCGAUACACACCUACUACUGCCUUUUAACAGCGUUAUUGUGCAGAAUUCUGUAACAUUCAUGUGUUGUCGCUACAUGUGCAUUUCAAGGGUCAAACAAGUAUAACUUUUGAAGUUAAGGUUUAAGUUAUUACAAUUAUUUUUUUUAUUCUUUUGAGCAUUGUUUAAACCAUUAGUCUGUGCCUUCUCCUGCUUAUGUAUGUGUAUGUAUCAUUGUCACUAAUUAAAAAUAUUGUUUUUCCUCAUGUGCUAUAUGGAGUAUUGUUUUUGAAAAUAAACCUUCUUCCUGUUUAAUAAUUGUACUCGUAUUCCAUUUCAUAAUACGAUACCCACAGUAAGAAGAUAUUCAGGAUUGGUUUCAUCACUUCCUGUUGAUGAACUGAAUGUCAAUUUCAUAUCGCUUGUUAUAUUAUCGUUUAAACGACAUCA